AUGCUGUGCUGCCAGAAGAGCGUUGAGGCCAUGCACCAGAGCAAGCUAGAACAGCUGGUUGCCGAGCGCAAGGGUGACACGCCGGGUGCAGCUGAGGUCGAAUAUCUCUUGAACGUAGCCCCAAUCCUCUGCGAGUACAGUCAGCAACAAGAGCGGAAGGCCCGCCAAGCAGAGGAAGACGAGAUGGAGGAUGAGAGUGAGAUGAGCGAGUGUGUCUUGGAUGGGACAAUGAACAACUUCAUCCAGGUGAAGCGGAAGAUAAAGGACCAGGCCACCCUCACGAAGCUGAAGAUUGCCACUCUGGUCGAAGACGAGGGCUCAAAGGCUUACCAAGAGGCAAAGACCAGCCACGCGUUGUUGGAGAGCAGGCUCCAUCCCGAGGAGGACACCUGCAAGAAGUGCAACGUGCCCUUGCUGGUCGUCGCAUCCGAGAGUGACCUCGUGUGCCCAGAGUGUGGCCACGCCCAGUUCUUUACAGACGGGACAAACGGGCUCACAUAUGAGCAGGAGGUGAACAGGGUGGUGAUCCCAGCCUUUGCGUACAAGAGGGCAAAUCACCUGUCGGAGUGGCUCGCCCAGUUCCAAGGCAAGGAGAGCACGGACAUCCCUGCUGAGGUCAUUGACGCCCUUAGGGCAGAGUUCCGCAAGGCUCGGAUCACAAGCAGGCACGAGAUAUCCAGGGCCAAGGUGCGCGCUCUCCUGAAGAAGCUCAACUACAGCAAGUACUACGAGCACGUGCCUUACAUCAUGAAGAUCCUGGGCGUCUCACCACCAUCGAUGAGCCAAGAGCUGGAAGACAAGAUCCGCGUGAUGUUCCUCCAGUGCCAGACCCCCUUCAUGAAGCACAGGCCGACCGCCCGCAAGAACUUCAUCUCUUAUCCCUAUUUCCUCUACAAGGCCUGCCAGCUGCUCGGAGAGGAUCAGUUCCUCCCCUGUUUCCCGCUGCUGAAGAGUCGGCCCAAGCUCAAGGCGCACGACCUCCUGUGGCAAGCAAUCUGCCAUGAGCUAAACUGGCAGUUCAUACCCUCGAUGACUGCAGUGGGGCGAACGGACCACUGCACCCGCCACGGUGGAGGCCGUCGCUGCCAAACGGAGGGCUGCAAGAGAUCUGCGGCGGGCAAGACAGAUCAUUGUGUCACCCACGGUGGGGGCCGACGGUGCAUCACACGGGGUUGCACAAGGUCUGCUGUGAGCCCAUCGGACCACUGUGUCACCCAUGGUGGAGGAGUGCGAUGCAACACGCCUGGAUGCGACAAAGCAGCGCAGGCCGGGACUACCCACUGCAUUGCCCACGGUGGGGGGCGGCGAUGCAAGACGGAAGGAUGUGACAAGAGCGCUCGAGGUAUGACUGAGCACUGCAUCACUCACGGAGGGGGGCAACGAUGUAUCACGGACGGUUGCGACAAGGCAGCACAGGGCGGGACUGAGAACUGCAUAGCCCACGGCGGAGGAAUCCGUUGCUGCGUUUGCUCCAAUGUUUCCGUUCACUACAAGGGCGGAGCCUGCUAUGAGUGCCGCGAACGUACGGCGCUGAAGCGAUGGGAGAAGCAGACGACUCGGUGGUUGAACGGCUUGAGCUGGUACUGCGACGAGACGCUCCCCUGUGCGCGCGAGAUGUCCACUCGUACCAAGUCGUGCAUCAAGCGCCCCGACUACGUCUUCGUUUUAGAGAGCCACGUUGUAGUACUUGAAGUUGAUGAGGACUACCAUCGCUACUACAACGUGGCCUGCGAGGUGGACCGCAUGGGCAAGAUCAAGGACCUCAUCAGGCUACCAAUCCACUUCGUGCGUUUCAAUCCUGCCCAACGGCGCUACCCCCUUCUCGAGGAUCUCCUCCGGCAUCUCUUUGCUAACCCCAAAGGGGCACAAAAUGCUGCAGGAAUGAUGGUGCACUUUGUAGGAUACCCGGAGGAGAGGAUGCAAGAGCUCAGUGACGAAGAUGAGUUUUGUUAUGAGUACAAGGAAGUAGCAUAG